UCGAUGUGGUUUUUGAAUGCCAAAAGUUUCAACAACUAGAUAUAACCAAAGUUAAGAGAACCUACCCAGUGAAGCAAAAACCUGUGAUAUAUCAUCAUCAUCUUGGAGCAAGAGUGAAUUCUGAACAUUGACUGAACUUUAAAGAAUUAGUAUGGGAUGUGUGAGCUCUAGGGAAAAGGGUGGUGGUGUGAAACAAAGGCAGAAUCCCCGGCCCCCAGAAGUCAAAAGAUACAUCACUGACCCAGCUCAGAAUUCAUCAUCACUGUUGCCUGGGCAGGUUCUGCAGAAUGUGGAAUGUGCUGUAUCCACAGACAGCAAGAUGGUCAUUGCUAUAUUCUCAUAUGAUGCGGAGAAUAAGAAUGAGCUAGCUUUCAAAAAAGGAGACAAACUUGUAAUAUUGGAUGAGAAUGGCGAGUGGUGGAAAGCAAAGUCACUUUCUUCGGGCAAAGUAGGAUUAAUACCUUCCAAUUACAUAAAGCUAGAAGAGAGCAUGGACAACAAAGACUGGUACUUUAAGAACAUCAGCAGAAUAACAGCUGAGAGAAACCUGCUGGCUCCUGCCAAUAAACCAGGUGCCUUCCUCAUACGCCAGAGUGAGACAACUGCAGGAAGUUACUCCAUGUCAGUGAGAGACGUGGGUCCUAAUCGCUCAGCUGUGGUAAAGCAUUAUAAGAUUCGUCUACUGGAAAAUGGAGGAUUUUACAUCUCUCCAAGAAUCACCUUCCAAACAAUAGAUGACCUCAUUGUGUACUAUCAGAAACAGGCCAAUGGUUUAUGUCAGCGAUUAGGCAAAGCCUGUGUGAAGCCUAAAAAUGCCGUCCAGUGGGAUGAAGAUGCUUGGGAAAUUCCCAAAGAAUCUCUUCAUAUGACGAAGAGGCUUGGAGCUGGUCAGUUUGGUGAGGUCUGGCUAGCAACGUAUAACAACACAACUAAAGUGGCAGUGAAGACCCUGAAGCCAGGCAGCAUGUCAGUUGAGGCAUUUCUGCAGGAGGCCAACUUGAUGAAAACUCUACGGCAUGAACGCCUUGUCCGCCUUUACGCCGUGGUCACCAAAUCACAGCCCCUCUACAUCAUCACUGAAUUCAUGUCUAAUGGGAGCUUGUUGGACUUUCUGAAAAGUCCACCAGGCAGAAGAAUACAGUUUCCUAAACUGGUCGACUUUGGAGCUCAAAUUGCAGAAGGCAUGGCAUACAUUGAAAAGAAGAACUACAUUCAUAGAGACUUGAGAGCUGCAAACGUCCUUGUCAGUGAGAGCCUGCUCUGUAAGAUUGCUGACUUCGGCCUGGCUAGGGUCAUUGAGGAGAAUGAAUAUUCAGCCAGAGAAGGUGCUAAAUUCCCCAUUAAGUGGACUGCACCAGAAGCUAUAAACUAUGGUUCAUUCACUAUCAAAUCAGAUAUGUGGUCAUUUGGCAUCCUUCUCUAUGAGAUCGUCACCUAUGGGAAACUCCCCUAUACAGGUCUAAGCAACAGUGAAGUGAUGGCACGAGUGCAGCGUGGCUAUCGCAUGCAGUGUCCUGAUAACUGCCCAUCUGAACUGUAUGAGAUCAUGACUUCAUGCUGGAAAGCUAAACCAGAGGAGCGGCCCACGUUUGACUUCAUGCAGAGUGUGCUGGAGGACUAUUACACAGCCACAGAGGGCCAGUACCAGAGCCAGCCAUGAUAACAUGCCAGAUUCCAAACAGUCAAGAACAUCAUAUAGAAUUUCAUUUUUUAUAGCCACCCAGUAAGUUGGUUGAGUUCAACAUUGUCAAGGAUAUACUCCCUAGAAUUGCACAAAUAAUUAAGAAACCAUGGAACCUUGAAAAGCACAAGGAAAUAAGGAACUAAGGCUCAGCAGGUGGAGUCUGUCCUCCUCUGUGCUGAAGGAAGGCUGGUUGAUCUCAUUAAAUGCACCCAAUGCUCAUCAAUCAGCAAACAAAGAAGAAAAAUAACUAAUUAUUUGGCUUUUUUCAGGUUUGUUAAUAAUUAACAUGAACAUUUUUAUGAGAAUGCCAACAGUAGAUCAGUCCACCAACAGACAUUACUACCUGGAAAAACAUGAAAAUCUUCAAACCAAAGUGCUCAUAGCUCAGUCCAGGGUACAAAUGUGAUCCUUUUCCCCCUGCCACCACCAUCCCUUUUGGGGGGACCACUGAGACUUUAUUUAUUUUACUUCAUCCAUAUUUGUGGAUGUGCUAUGCUUCAUAUUUAAGGGUUAGUAUGGGUGAGUGGUGGGUGUAGGACGUAACAGACAGGGUAGUUGAGGAGACAAAACAAUAGACAAAACAGCGCAAUAUUAAUGUUAUUUGUUUUCCAGUUUGCUAGUAUGGUUUUCUUGGCGAUGAAGAACUAUUGUGGUUUCCUUUGUGAUGCUGAUCCUAGCUGUAUCUCAGAGUAAGCAUUGUGAAGGGCAGAGUGGGGUGGUGUGAUUUAGAAAACAAGAUAUUUUCUUCGUGAUUUGUUUCCAGAAGUGCUUAACUGGUGUGCAGUCAGAUAUGGCAUGUAUGUAAUCAUCUGGUGUAUUUUGUGUGCACCGCAUACAGAUUUCGGAUUCCUUGAAGUCCAUUAUAUACAUCCUAGAACCAGUGUAGUGAAUUAUAUGGAUUAUUUUGUAUUGUGUUAUGGGCAGACUAGUGUUAUUAGCUAUGUAGGACAUGUUCUGUAGGAUUUGUGUGGAAAAUUCUUCUCUGGGUGUGAUUGCAAAGCCUUUUUUUUAUACAUAAUAUGGUAAUUGUAGAGUUGUAGUUGGAUAUUAUUUUAUAUAUUUUGGAUAAGGUCUUCUGAUACUAAUGGGGGAAGGUCUAAUGUGUUGUCUUUUAGGUUAUUUACAACAUAUAAUGGAUGAGUUGUAGAAAUUCAAAGAAAUGUUUAUUUUCUAGUGCAUGCUUCUUGACUGGAUAUGGAAAUGAUGUAAAGCUGUUGUUUUGACGUGUUUGCAAAGUCAGGGCUGUGCUAUAUGUGUGUGCGUUCAUUUAGUUGGAGUGGUGAAUUUAUAGUUUUAAGAUGUUAAAGUCGCUGCAAUUGUCGGGCUUUUGAAGCAGGGGUGGCGUUUGACUCAUCAGCUGUGCUGAUGAAGGGUAGAUCCAAGAUUCUGAUUUCUUUGCAUAGUGCCUGUUCAGCAUCUAGAUACAGGUCAUUUGUCUGACUUGCUUUUAUACAUUUUAUUAUAUAUUUAUUUUUAGUGGUUAGUAAGGUAAUAUUGUUGAACAUUUGGAGCAGCAAGUCCUCCAUGAUAUUUGGCUGUUUGUUAGGUCGUUAAUUUGAUUCUAGGAGGUUUGUUUUUCCAAUAAAAUUUGGUGAUACUGGAAUCAAGUGAUAUGAACCAAGAAGGGGGAGGUUGAGCAGGGACAAUUUAAAAUAAGUAAUUUAUUUUGGGUAGUAUCAUCAUUUUUAUGGAUGCUAUUCUUCCAAUGAGAGCGAGGGCAAGGUUUAUCCAGCAUUGGAGAUCAUAAUUUAUGAUGUGCAAUAAUGGGUUAAAGUUGAGUUUAUGCAGGUCUGACAGCUUUGUGGAGAGUUUGACACCAAGAUAAGUGAUGCAGUCAGUGCUUAUGGUUAUAGAUUGUACCUCAGUUUCGAGAAGAUUCAUGUUGAGAGGGAGCAUAGUGGAAUUGAGUAAUUGGAAAUUUUGGAAUUCUUUACAAUUAUGUAUUCAGCCUGCAGGUUUUUGUAAGAAGAGUAAAAUGUUGUCAGCAUAUAAACUGAUUGUGUUCCAUGGUUGCUGACUGGUUCGCAUUAAUGUUUACAUUUUGUUAUUGUUGCCGCUAAUGGUACAACACUUUAAAGUGUUGUAAUGUGAUCCAAUUUAAAACUACACUCACCAGCCAUUUUAAUAGGAACACCAGUACCCCUCCCAAUUAUCCAAUCAGCCUAUCAUAUGGCAGCAGUGCAAUGUACAAAUUCAUGCAGAUACAAGUCAAGAGCUUCACUUAAUGUUUACAUUAAACUUGAUAAUGGGGGAAAUCAUGAUCAUAUUGGCUUUGACCAUGGCCCGGUUGUUGGUGCUAGACAGGCUGGUCACAUCUUGGUUCUCGGUCAGCCUUGACUAGGAAUCUCAGAAAAACUGAAGAGUUAUGAUUGGGGGGGAAAGAAAAAUAAAUAAAUAAAUAAAAUAAAAAAAAUAACCUUGCCAUGGUCUUUGACCAGUCUUCAACAAUCUUCCUCAUAUGAGACACUGUGCAUUCUGAGGCACUUUUCUGCUCACCAUGGUUGUGUUAUUGGAACCUUCCUGUCAGCUCAAACCAGUCUGCCCAUUCUCCUCUGAAGGCGUUUCUGCCUAAUAUACAGAUCAACCACAAAGGGUCCAGUGAGUAUAGUCUGGAAAAGGAUUGCCCUCUAAAUUAUUUACUAUUAACUUCUGAAAAUAAACCCCUUUGUAAAUAGGUCUUAGCUCCACUCUUAAAUGUAAGCAUAAGGUGCUUGUUGUACAGGGUGAUGUAAAAAAGAUUUUUUUUAUAAUAAAGUUAAAACCAAAAUGUG